GAGGCUUGGGCGGGAGGAGGGAGGCUGUGGAAGGAACGCUGAGCCCAGAGCGGAGCGCAGUGAAAAAGGCACCCAGGAGCUCAGUGAAGGAGGCACCCACCGACGGCGGGCGGGCGCAGCGGCCGCAGCGGAGCUAGAGAAGCCGAGAGGAGCCGGGAGUCGCUCUCCGGGCACAGAGAAGAGCGCAGCCGGCAGUGUCUCCGGGCCACUGCGCGGAAAGGCGGGCGCCCUCCCCUUGUCCCUGCUCCCGCACCGCGAGCGCCCUGCCCCUCUGGCCAGCAUGAGGCUCCUGACCGCUGCUCUGCUCCUGCUGCUUCUGGCUCUGUGCGCCGCGGGAGUGGACGGCUCCAAAUGCAAGUGCUCCCGGAAGGGGCCCAAAAUCCGCUACAGCGACGUGAAGAAGCUGGAGAUGAAGCCAAAGUACCCGCACUGCGAGGAGAAGAUGGUUAUCAUCACCACCAAAAGCGUGUCCAGAUACCGGGGUCAGGAGCACUGCCUGCACCCCAAGCUGCAGAGCACCAAGAGGUUCAUCAAGUGGUACAAUGCCUGGAAUGAGAAGCGCAGGGUCUACGAAGAAUAGGGUGAAAAACCCCAGAUGGGAGAGCAUCAUACCCGUUGGGAGACAGCAAAGGACUAUGCAGAUUAAACACACA